CUAGCAAAUUUCCAAACAUCCCCUUAGCCACGACAGCAACAAAAUUUUGAUGCUUAGACAGCAACUGGGCGAGCGAGCCACACUAUUGUGGGUGUGAUCUGAUGUGGGCGGCUCUACGAUCUCGUGCUCUUCUUCUCUCCUCUUCAUCGUAUUCUAUCUAUUCUGUUACACAUCAAUGGAAGUUAGGGUUUAACAACUUCAAUCGCACUUUGUGCUCCUCCCUCGUCGCUGAGAGCGACACCAAAAAGGGCUUACUGAACUUGGAGGAAGUCCAGAAAGUUCUCACCGAUGUCAAAGCAGACAACGUCAAGGUCGUUCCCGUUCGAAACCACUGCGAUUGGACUGAUUUCAUGGUCUUCGUCACCGGUCGAUCUGCUUGGCACGUUCGCAACAUCGCUCAAGCCCUAAUUUACAAGGUUAAGCAAAAGCAAAGGGGUGCUCAGAGAAUGUUACUCCCCAGCGUGGAAGGAGAAAAGGAAGGGAAGUGGAUUGUUGUUGAUUCUGGUACAAUUAUAAUUCAUGCUCUUGAUGAGAAAGCCAGAGCUUAUUACAAUCUAGAGAGGCUUUGGACAACUGAGACAUCAAGUAAAGAACACACGCAGGAUUUGGAGAAAGCUUUCUUGAAGGUGCGACCCAAGAACAACUCUAAAAAACCAACGCAGAGAAGCACUUAGCAUCUUCAUCUUUGAAGAUCUGAAACCAUUGCCCUUCAUUCUAAAGUUGUUGCACAAUGUUAAAAACACCAUGCUUGUUUAAAUUUAGGUUGGAGAUUCUUAUGUAACUUUGUUUCAAAGUAUUUGAAAUGAUUUAAAUAAGUAUAUUUUUUGAUUUUUUAUAAAAAGAUAUGCAAAAAAGUACA